ACUCUAUAUAGGGUUUAUUUUUGGUUUCAAUUAUUACUAUUUAUAUUAAUUAGUAUGAUAGUUAACAUACUUAUUAAAUUAUAACAUUUUAUGCUGUUAACUAAUAAUUGCUAUAAUUAGUUAUAAACUAUUUAGUUAUUUAAUGUUGUAUAACAUACAAAGACGAAUUAUUUAUCAUUAUUUACACAAGUCGAAAAACUAAAAAAGUAAAAAAAUGUCGUUGAUAUCAUAUUGCAAAUCUAAUAAAAAAAGUUUGGUAACAUAUGUUCAAUGUAUAUUGUAUCGCUCUAGAUCAUCUAAUGCUAAUAUACAAGAAACUGAAGAUAUUGAUAUUACUACAUCUAAAAACAUGUCUGAUGAUAAAGUGAAAGCAAUUUGUAAUAAAUCUCGUUUAAAUGACGCACAUAGGAACUUAGUUAAUGGUAAUUUACCAUAUAAUGAACCCAAACAUAGAAUUCAUUAUACUGUUAAGUAUAAAAGACGUAUGUAUGGAAGGUAUGGAAAUAUAAGUGGUGUAGAUCCUGGACUAGCAUGGCCUACAACUGAAGACUUAGAGGACAUAAAAGAAUAUGAGAGUGUUGCAUACCCAUUAACAAUUCAAGAAAUGUUCACAAGUGCUACUGAACAAUUAAAAAAGGAACAAUUAGAAAUUGACCAAAGACAGCAACGUAUUGAUGAAAAUUUCCAAAAACUGAAUGGAUGGCUAAAAGAAGUUAAAGAAAAAUCUGCUAAGAAACUACAAGAAGCACAAGAAGCAAAAGAUAAAAAAGCCAAACUUAUUGAAGAAGUAAGAAAACAUUUUGGUUAUAAAUUGGAUCCCAAAGAUGAAAGGUUUAAAGAAAUGCUAACUAAAAGGGAAAAAGAAGAAAAAAAGAAAAUUCGUGAUGAAAAGAAAAAAAUUCGUGAGGAGAAAUUAAUUAAUUAUUUAAAAAACUCUGAACAAAGUUCUUAGCAAUUUGUAAAAAAUAUAUAAUUUUGUAAUUGUUAAAUAAGUUAAAUUAGUGUUUGCCUCAAUUAUAUACAUUUGGGUUUAUAUCAAGUCACAAGAUUUUUAAGUUUUAUUAUAGAUGUCUUUUUGGUUUAACUGAAUAUAUUCUAAAUGUAAAGUUGUAUAA